AUGCAACAAGCAACACAGUUAGAGUUGUCACCUAGUGGACAGAGCUCCUACCGUCCCAAGCCCAUCCCCAAUCUCCAAGACAAAGCGGGGACACUUGCAUGCAGGGAGACCCUCCGGCAAAAGCUGGUCACGGACAAAUCGGUGCCUCGCCAUGUUCCACGCCUCCGGGCUGUGGUAGGGAGCCAGGCCUUCAAGAACAUCCUGGUGGAUGAGAUGGACAUGAUGCUGUCUCGUGCGGCCACCCUCAUCCAAGCCAGCUGGAGAGGCUACCGGCUCCGGCAGAAGCUGACCUCCCAGGUAUUGGCAGCUAAAGGCAUCCAGGAGGCCUGGCGACGCUUCAGUACCAGGCGCCUCCUCCGGUCUGGCAAAGCAGUAGAGAAGAAAUCGAGUGUGGAUGAGGGGGACAUCCCUUACCACCCCCCUCAGCAGGUGCGGUUCCAGCAUUCAAAAGAGGGCGGGUAUCUUCUGGCCCCACCUGUCAUGGUGAAUAAGGAGACCCAGUUCCCUUCUGCUGACAGCCUGGCUACCUGUGCCCUGCUGCAGCCCCCAGGCAUUCCACAGCCCGACAUGCAGGCUCCUUGUGCCACUGGGGGCUCCAGCAUCACUUUCCUGCCACACCAGACUGUUUCCAUCAGACUUCCAUCUCCAGUGAGUCUAAAUGCAAAGUGCCACCCAUGCCUGCUAACAAGAACCAUCAGAAGUGCCAGCUUUGUCCACAUAGAAGGGGACAUGAUGAAGACCAAACAAGUGACUGCCAGAGCCAACAAGGCAGAAGCCCCAGGGCCCCUCAAGACCCAGACUCAGGCCCGUGUGGAAGCAGACGUCCUCAAAACCCCACCCCAGAGGUACCCGGCAGCUGCAAUGACCAAGACCCCACUCCAGUCAUGCUUGGCAUCCAUAAUGAACAAAACCCUACCCCAGCCAUGCCCAGCACCCAUGGCAGUAACAGCCAAGACCCCAUCUCAGCUGGACCCAACAGCUCCAGUGGCCAAGACCACAUUCCAGUCAUCCCUGGCAACAAUCUUAAACAAGAUCCCAACUCAGCCAUGCCCAGUACCUGAAACAAUAACAAAGACCCCACCCCAGCCAUGCCCAACCACCCCAAUGACCAAGACCCAAGCUCAGAUGCGACCAAUAGCCUCAGUGACCAACACUGCACCCCAGACACGAACGGCUGCCAUGACCUCGAUUAUCAAGCCCCCGCCCCAGACAUGCCAGGUGCCUGUGAUGGCCAAGACCCUGCCCCAGAUGCGCCCAGCAGCAGCCCCGAUGGCCAGGACCCCACUGCAGACAUGUCCAGUGGCUACGAUGGCCAAGACCCCAUCUCAGACUCUCCCAGGGGCCUCAAUGACCAAGACCCCUACCCAGACGCGUCUGGCAGCCAUGAUCACCAAGACCCCAGCCCAGUUACGCUCAGUGGCCACGCUCCUCAGGAACCUCUGCCUGCCUCCUCCUGCAGAUGGAAACCUGAAGGCUUCACCGCCAGCAGUCGUGACAGCUGGGAUUCCCAAUACCUCAUCACAUACAAAUCUAAACAGACCAAAGGCAAAGGCUAUGGUGACAGAGAGGCAGAUGGCAGGCAUGGCCAAAGUCUCGUCUCAUACACACUUGACUGAGGGAAAGGUGAAAUAUUGCCCUCCGCCACAUCUGGGGGCUGGGGCUCCCAAGGCUCCAGCUAGGCCUUUUUUGGAAGCCGAGAAAAUCAAGGACUUCUCCCAGAAACAGGUGAAAAUAGCAACCAUGUCUAACACCAAUGUGGCCAAGGACAGGAGCAAGAUCUUAUCGCAGGCACACCUAAUGACAGAUGCCAUGAACGUUCAGUCCCAGGUGUAUAUGCCUGUAGAAACCGCUGUGGUUCUGCCCCAGGCACAGCUGAGCACCUGUCCAGCCACGGCCCUGCCCCAGGCACAGAUGGCCACCUGUUCAACCACAACCUCACCCCAGAGACCUCUGCUAACAGAGCAGACUACAGCCCUGCCCCAGGCAAAUCUGGGCCCAUGUCUGUCCAAACCCCCACCCGAGGCACAUCCACCUGCCAAACUAACCAAGGCCCCAUCCCUGGCCCAUUUAGGCACCUGUCUGACCAAGACACAGUCCCAGGCACAUCUGACCACAGGAGUGAUAAAGGUCCAGCCUCAAGCAAAUCUGCCUACCGGCCUGACCAAGGCACAGUCGCAAGCCCAGCUGGUCACAGAAACAGCCAAGUGCCUCUCUGCUGCCCACCAGGCCGCUGAGCUCAGUAGCAAGACUCAGUCCCAGCCACUGCUGGCUGGGCUCAAGGCCUCCACCCAACCCUGCCAACAUGUCAGCUCUCUUGGGACUUUGUCCCAAGCCAAGACAGAGGACAGACUGACCCAGCUCCCAGCCCACAGCCAUGCCCAGGGCGAAGCUACCCAGGGCCCAUGCCAGGGGGCCUCCAAGAGCAUGCUGGUGCCUCUGCUGGCAUCCACUGGACAUCCCACAUGUAACAUCAAAUCCUGGGGUAACAGCGGGGCCACCCUGGCCCAGCCAUCGACCACCAGCCCAGCCGUGCCCUGUCAGGAGGAGCUGGGAGCCUCUCAGCUUGCCUCACUGUGUGCUGAGCUGGCUGCUGGCCUGGGCUCCCAAGAGGACAUCCGUGCUCUGCUGGCAAAAGCUGUCUCCCAGGGGGAAGUGAGGGCGGCACUGAACCAGGCCCUGUCCAAGGAGGUCCUGGUCACCAAGAUGGCCAAAGCCCUGCCCAAGAGCAUGCUAGGCACAGCACUGGUGAAGGCACUGUCCUGGGGCGAGCUGGCCACUGCACUGUCCUGUGCCCUUUCCCGGGGUGAGCUGCGGGCAGAACUCACAAAGGCCAUGCAAGGCAAACUGGUGGAUGUGCUCAGCAAGGCCCUGACGGAGGAGGAGCGGGCUGCCCUGAGCCAGACCCUGUGCCAGGGUGAGCUGGGCUCCGUCCUGAGCCAGUCCUUAUCUCAGGCAGCCCUCCGGACUGGACUUGUCCUCCCUAAGGCCACCUCGAAAAAACUGGGAAAUGGGAUGAUAGUGAAGCCGGCCCCAGUGGAGGUGGACUACAGGGAGAGCCCGUCAGCCACGUGGGGGCCCACUCUGGGCCGUGUGAGACCACAAGCCAGCAAGGGCCCUGUGGACGUCGGUGCGGCUGGUGGUCAAACGUGUAACUCCGCCAUCCCCAGUGUUGCCGUUGGGCCCAGGAACAGAGCCAAGGCCCCCUGGAAACCAGCCAGGUGCGCUGUGCAGCGGGACGCUGUGCGCGGUGAGGCAGCGGUGGAUCCCAGGCAGUUGGGGCAGCUGGUGGCGCGGGUGCAGGCUGUGGAGACAAUAGUAGUGCAAGCGGUGGUCAUUAUACAGGCGUGUGCACGUGGCUACCUGGUGCGCCGUACCAUCAAAGUGUGGCACCAGUGGGCCGUCAUCAUCCAGGCUGCCUGGCGUGGCUACUGUGCGCGGAGGACCCUGGCCCAGCUCGGCAGAGCUGCCACAAUCAUCCAGGCCGCAUGGCGAGGCUACUGCAUUCGACGGAGCCAAGCCCAGCAAAUGCUGCUCCCCAGCACUUGGGCUGAGGUUGGGGGUAGGACCAGGUCCACCUCCGACCACCGCUGCUUCCAGUCCUGCCAGCCACAGGACUGUACCCUCUGCCGGUCGCUGAGUCCCAAGCUCGGGAGCCUACCCAGCGCAGUGAUGCUCGUGGGUUCCAGUCCCCGCACAUGCCACAUGUGUGGCCACACCCUGCCCACACGGGUAGUGCAGGGCAUGGGCCAGCACCCCAUGGGCCAGGCAGGCAUGCUGUGGGGCUAUGACACCCAGCUGACCCCCAAGAGACCCAAGCAGCUUCGUUCCCAGAAUAAGGCAGCCACGGUCAUCCAGUCCAUCUGGAGGGGCUUCAUUGUACGUCGCCGGCUGAGACAGCAGCAGGUAGCAGCCAAGAUGGUUCAAGCCACCUGGCGCGGCCACUAUACUCGGGCCUCCCUCACAACGGAUGCGCUUUUGGGACCAGAAGCGUGGGACAACCCACAGAACAUGCAGUGGCCAGGAGUCUAA